ACAGCUGGUUGCCUGACAUUUCGUUUCCAUUCCAUUCCAAUUUUCGACAUUGAUUGUACUUGUCUCAUGGAAAUCAUCAAAAUUUUUAUCAAAAACACCUGAGUUAUGAAUGAUAACAUGUGUUGCGUGGUCGAAUCGUUUGAUAUUAGCCUAAAAUAGGCGUUCAAAACCAAUAGUAUCAUCGCAAUACGGUCUCAAUCUGUUUUCUUUACAAUACAUUUGAGUGCCUGCGGCAAAUCGAUUUUUUUUCGUGCAAGUAACAAUUAUGGUGUUGUGAGAAUCGUAACAGUGGACUGCCUUUAAUCAUUCCAAUUUAAAUAAAUAAAAAAUAGAAAAAAGUGUAAAAAUGGCAAGAUAUUUUGAAAAUACAUCGACCUUCAACUUCAGUUGGGACCAAGUUGCAUGUGGGUACUGGAAAAGGUACCCUAACCCGCAAAGUACCCAUGUGCUCUCGGAGGACACUUGCUGUCGGCAAGUGAAAGACGGCUGCCUCUACACGAAGAGGCUCCUCACCAAAACCAACAGAGUGCCCAAAUGGGGAGAGAGGUUCUUCAAUGCGAAAUCAGUGAAAAUCAUUGAAGAGAGCAUAGUGGAUCCUGAGAAGAAAAUUCUGAUCACAUACACUAGGAACUUAGGAUAUACAAAAGUUAUGAGCGUGGUGGAACGGGUGGAAUACAGAUCAGCGGGGCCCGGUCAGACCGUGGCGAGGCGGUCGGCGUGGAUCGACUCGCAGGUGUUCGGCUUCUCCAGGGCGAUACGAGCGUUCGGAGUCGAACGGUUCCGGAAGAAUUGUACCCAAAUGGUGAACGGUUUCAAUCACGUCCUACACUCAAUGUUUCCACGGCAAGUGCCAUCCCAACACACCAUGACGCCCAUGACGCACACUCUAAAAGAGAUGCGAGAGGCCGCCGCGGCCGCCACCGACCGCGCCAAGGCGAACGUCCUGUCAUCUGUCAACAGGACAUAACAGGACAAAGAUUGAGGUGAAGUCUACCACAUUUGUAAGUUACAUCGGCAUUGUUCGACGGCGCAGAAUAGUAGAACCGACCGCCGAAUCUGGCCGAAUGAAAAUAUGAGUGGAAUAACGAAGUUAUUGAUACUACAUAGGAUUUUAAAUACCGAAACAACUCCUGCGAACUCCAGACAUGGCGCGUACGCAAUUAGCCAAUAGCGAACGGUUUUGAUCCCGCGUUCAAAUGGCGCACUAUGAUUGGCGCAGAUAUUUUCUGCGCAGGUACAUCGGUGUAACUUAUUAAAGUGGUAAUACUGUACCUGGGGGACUGGCUUCGACGUUUUAUGAUUUUGUAUAUUGCUUCACUGUGUACCUUAACCUUUAAAUUCGUCUUAAAAGAUUGUCAUUGUAAUAUAUAUUUAUAAAGCUAUUUAUGUAUUUGUUUCAAAAUAUUGCCAUUGUAAACUUAUUAACGAGUUUAAUUCUGCUCGUAUGAAAAAUGUUGACCAUUUUCGAAGGUUUGUCAAGGUUAUCUAAUCAUUGUAAAUUCAUAUCAGAAUCGUUCUAAAGUACAAAAGUAUUAUUAUGAAGCCAGAUAGCUCCUGUAGUAGUGAUAAGUGUGAUAAAACGAUGUUUUUAGCUGUUUGAAGAUGGAAUAAAGAUAUUGAAGGAUAUUUGUUAACCAAAUCACCGUUUAGCUUGGUUUGUGGGCUUUAACUUUUAUGUUCACGGCUUAAAGUAAGCAUUGCUAAUUAUUGUCUAAUAAGAUAAAAACUGUACAUAAUAUCUAUAGAAAUUUAAAAAAAAUUAUGAGUCCUUACUGAACAUAAGUUUUGUUACCAAAUUAUCCCUGAUUGUAAAUAAUCAGUCCAUUUUUGGUUUGAUUUAUAUACCUUAUAAGGAGAAGCUGUGUAGAAUAAACCAAUCAAAGCGCUCCAUUAUAGCUGAGUGUAUUUUGAUUGGUUUAUGAUAUCUCCACUUCUAUGAAAAAGCCACAAUUUUAACCCUUUGCUUGAGGGAAUGAGACAUAUAAAUUUAUGCGCAUAAGUAAAAACAGAACUAUUAUGUUAUAUGGUACAUAUAAUAUGGUAAGUGGGGUAAAUGAGAUAGAUACUUCAAAUAGUAUUAAAACCUUUGCUAUUAUGACAUAUUAUUUUGCACGACAUAU